GACCAUGUGCAAUGAUGUAUUGGCUGUUAUAAAGAAAUUAUAUGGCAAUUCGCCUCCUGCAAUUAUUCUCGUUGGUCACAGCAUGGGAGGGUCAAUUGCUGUGCAUGUCGCUGCGAAGAAAUUAUUGUCAACCUUGGCUGGGUUGAUUAUUGUGGAUGUUGUAGAGGGAACAGCAAUGGCUUCACUAAUUCAUAUGCAGAAAAUUCUAUCAAAUAGGAUGCAACAUUUUUCAAGCAUUGAAAAAGCUGUAAGCUCUUGCUUUAAUGUUGUUUCAAUUGUAUUGGUGAAUUUUGAAUGA